CUCGGGGCAUCGGUCGUCCGCGGAACUCACGUACAGCUCGAAUCCGAAGUCGCUUCUGUGUCAACGCAGCAUAGUAUAUCACGGCGGCCAGACGGGUCGUGUCUAACUUUCGAGAGAUGCCAGGCCGUUAUACCAGGUGUCGCACGCGCUGUCAGCUCAACCAUGCGCAAAGGAUCAAGCCUCUCCGGGUAUAGUCGCCUAGUACGCUUACGCAGCAAGCCCAGCGUGGGCGGGGUGGUUUGUAGUUUGAGGUUGUCCACCUACGUCACGGGCAUUGGCAGGGUCGCGCCGAAGUGCGAUGUUUUGAGUCGCGAGCGAAGGCCGAACGUCCGAUAUAUUGAUGUUACCGGCCACAGUGGCGGUCGCUAUCGAACCUGUGAUGAAGUGGAGGUGCAGUGGAUGUUCAACACCGCAGCAGGUCGCCCUGUCUGUCGUUUUCGCUCUCUCAGGGCACGAUUAAUGUUACUUGGCGUCCCAGGUUGGCGCAGGGACCAUCAUCUGCACGACACCUCUUCCCCGUGCAAACACGUAUGUUGACUCAGAUUAAUGCUGUUGAUCAGACACUGUCAUGCUUCGAAGCCUACGGACGCUA